CUCGCCACACCAACCAAAAUGAACCUCCUCCUCACCACCCUCCUCGCCCUCUCCACCGGCACCCUCUCCCAAUCCAUCACGCCCCCCGAAGGCUGCCCCCUCCCGCGCUGGACCGUCACCAACUUCCAAUGGCACAACGGGUCCAAAAGCCUCGACUGCAUCCACAACGAAGCAGACCGGAACGCGAAAGGCUGCCUCUGCUCGGGCGGGUGGUGCGAGCCGAACCCAGACACCUGCAACGGGACGAUGGUACCGCUCUGCUACACGGGGAUGCCGAACUACGAGCCGUGGGGCUACGGGCCGCCGCAGACUUUGGACAUCGAUUUCGCCGACGGCCUGUCCUGCCACGACGAGUACAUCGGGUACCGGAUCCACGAUAUCGGCAACGGCGCGAGUAACUGCGGCUAUGCGGAUCGGGGCCUGGGGCGCGUUGUCUCGUUCUAUGGGACGUCGAAUAAGGAGGUUAGUGUCGGUCAUGUCGACUAUGUGCUUGGGAGGGGCCAUGCGCUGGAGUGUCAGGAUGGCAGGAAGAUUACGUAUUCCGGACGGACGGACUUUGAGUUGAAUUGUGUGCAUGAUUCGUUUUUUAAUGCGACGUGCUCGGCGGGGAGCUUUCAGGUGCCGGUGUUGGCGUUUGAGUGGGUGGAGUAGAUUCUUUAUCUACUUGCCUGUAUUUGAUGCGCUGAGGCUAUGGUUGAUGAAGGCAUUGCUUGUUGAUGAGAAGACUGGAUGGUAUAUAUUGGAUGAGGGAUGAAUGCAGAGAUGUGAAUAUGAUGAUCAAACUGAAUGAACCAUGUGAU